CUCCAUUUUGCUGCUUCUCACCGUAGCCAAAAGUGUGCUGUCGCUUUACUCGAACACAACUCGGACAUUGAUGCCACGGAUUGCAUAGGCAGGACGCCAUUGAUCAUUGCAGCGAAGAGGGGUGAUGGAUCACUGGUUGAACUAUUGUUGGAAUGCGGUGCUGAUUAUACGGUUCGCGAUGCAGGAGGCCGUGCGGCACUAUAUCAUGCAGUUUGCAGCGAAGAUGAACGCUCUAUCCGAGCGUUGCUU